AUUCAACUAGUGAUGUUGAAGUUGGGUGCAACGUCAUGUGUUUCACCGUACAAAGUUAGGUAUUGCCCAGUCUGAAGACCUCUUUUUUAUUACUCAGUGGAGGCAGCCAUCUAAUCAGCAACCUUUGUUGCUUUCUUAUAAGGUCGGUGGCAGUCCAAAUCAACCUCCCUUGUUUUCUCAUUGUCGUGUCAAUCAUAUCCCUGCUCUGCCUUGUUAUUUAACAAAGACAUAAGGUAAAUUCGUUAAUUACAGGCAAAAUCUCGAGGACUUUUCUAUAAUUUAACACGGCAAACUUUGAACUCCCGCUGGCUCCACUUUCUCCAUUUCCUAAUUUCUUUAACUGGCAGAGAGAGACUUACUUUACUUGCUCUGCCUUUAUAUAUCAACGCAACACUUGCUCAAAAGCCUUCCCCUUCCCCUUCUCUCUUUCUCUCUCAAAGAAGUAGCAAUGCUAGGAAGUAGAAAGGAAUGGAGCAGAGGAAAGCAGGAGGCUGAAAUGAAAGGAAGCGAGUCAGAAGUGGCCCUCCAAGAGGCUAUCAACAAAACCCAAUUUUAUAAACCUGAAGAAGAAAUGAAGGGAAAUCGGGACAACUCUCUUUCUGCUGAGCUCGAAGUCGAAGGCUUAUUUGGCGAUGAUUUCUCUUUCUGCUUCAAAACUCUGGACAUGAUAAAUGGGUUGUCGAGUUGUGGACUCACAGAGUCAUUUGAGGCAUGGUCUCACUCUCAACAAAAGAGCUCCAAGCAAUCUAGCAUUGACGCCCAGUCAUCAGUUUGUGUUUCAGAUUAUAAUAAACCAAAACAAACAAGAGUGAGCAGCAGUGGCUCCUCAGACGAUGAAGAAGAGGUGGAGAUAGAAGCAGGUCCUUGUGAACAGAGCACAAAUCCCACUGAUUUAAGACGCAUUAGAAGGAUGGUUUCAAACCGAGAGUCAGCUAGACGUUCAAGAAAAAGAAAACAAGCACAUUUGCACGAUCUUGAAUCGCAGGUUGAGGAACUUACAGGAGAGAAUGCUUCUUUGUACAAACAACUUCUAGUUGCCACUCAGCAAUAUCGUGAUGCUGAUACAAAUAAUCGAGUGCUUAAAUCAGACGUGGAGGCUUUAAGGGCAAAGGUGAAGCUGGCUGAAGAUAUGGUGACUCGAGGUUCAUUGACCUGUAACAUGAAUGAAGUUGUUCAAAAUCAUCUAACUUCUCCUCAAUCGCUGAAUAACCAUAAUCUACGAGUUUCACCAACCAUCACAAUCAACAGAGAAGAUGCCUCAUCAUAUGUUGGUGGAUUGACAAUUUCAGGACCUGGAAUUGAUAAUCUUAAUAACGUCAAUCUCAGGAAUAGCUGUGUUUCAGAACUUUGGCCAUGAUAGAUUCAAACAAUCUCACUAAUGGUCUCUCCACGCUGUCCCUUAAGUUGUUUCUUGUUAUCCUUAUUGCAAGUUACUCUUGCUUAAACAGGUAGGUUUUUUUGGUCGAUAGGUGAUAAGAAAUGAAUGGUUCUAACGUAUUCAAUUAA